GAUUUGGUGUUUUCAGUUCUAGUUUAGUAUUUUUAGAACAUCUGCAAAACAUUUCUCCAAAGUAAUCGCUUUGCAACUAAUGCUACCGGUUUCAACAUUGAUCUGAUUACCGACUUGCUUAUACAGGAUACCCAGAAUCCAUGACGUUCCUUAUAUUGAAAACUAUGCUAAAAUGCGCAUUGCUGUCUAGAAGCAUAACGCACAUACUAUCAUGAAACACUUGAAAAAAUAAUUAGUCUUAUUUUUCCGCCGGCGCAAAAUAUACGUCCAAAGAACUGUUUUCUAUAGGCUACAUAUUAUAAUGGUAGAAACGUUGUAUACCACUUUAAGAAAAGUUGGGCGGUUCCCGUCAUUUAACCAAUGGUCUCUUCUCUGUUUAAAUAGAUUUGGAUGUCAAUCAAUUUCUUGUUACUCAGCCUCCCUUCAAUCGCCAUAUUGGUUCGUAACAGUGACUCGUCUUUUUUACUUUUGUUUUACUACAAAGCGAAACACAGUGGAAUGACUUUAUCUUCUGCUUGUCAUUUCGACCAUCACCGAUUAUAUUAGCAUAGGCCUGGACUACCACUUAUUGCAUGGACAUUUUUGUUUCUUGCUGUAUCCACACUAGUAUAUGCAGAACCAAUAUUGUGUUUUUGAUCGAAUUUGUGCGUUUUGUUUAAAGAUUUGUUUUGUAUUCCUUAAUUCAGUUUUAUGGGAAAAGGAUGUCAAACGUCCGCGUUUCCAACGGUAGCCCAACUCUGGAGAGAAUGGAUGCGAGACAGUCUGAUAACCCGAAACCUUCUGCUUGCAGGAUUCUUUUCGGACUACCGGAUCACGAAGAGUUAAAGAAAGAAUUUAAGAAGCAAAGGGAAAGUAUUGAAGCAGCGUCCCGCGACAGGUUCAAUUUUGACUUCGUCAAUUACCAACCACUGCCUGGGAGGUACAAGUGGGAAAUUGUUGAUGGGAAAGAUUUACCUGAAUUCUACACCCGACCCCCCCGGGUUAAGAGGAAACCUGACCAAAAAAACUUGGAUCAUAACGGGAAUUCUAAUACUUCUAGUGUGGCAUCGUGCCAGGGCAGUUUUGAGACCAAAAUAUUGCAAGAGCAGGGCCCAGGCAACAGUGCCAUGCAAAAAGACUGCAAAGAUAAUAGCACCGGGCAAAGAAAAAGAACUGCGUCCAACGAGUUUUCUUCUCAGAGUAAAAGGGCAAAUAACGGCACAGCUUUGGAAGAGGAUGAAAAAAUCUGUUGUCAAGCUGUGGCCAUGAUCGAGCAGACUCCCAGGAAAUCUAGUCCAAGUCACCACACGUAAACACCAGGCCAGAAGAUCUGAAUCCUUUGAUCUCGAAACAUGGAAAAAAACAGUUCAAAAAUACAUAUCUAUUUUUUGUGAUGGAAAUACUGUACAAGCACUGAGGGGGGGGGGGGGGGGGGCACUAAUUAUUUGGCACUCAAAUGUCUCUAAAGCAGUGGAUGUAGCGGUGUUUAAUUAGGAUGACUUUUUUUUUUUUUUAUAUAUAAAUAUAACUACCUUUUGUAUAUAUGAUAAUUCUUAUAUGUAGCACAUACAAAUAUGUUCCAGCAAUACUCAUUACGUGUUGGAGUAUUUUUGGUUUUUAUAUAUAAAUUUAUAUAAAUAUAAUUUUUUAAACUUGAAAAGAUUGCAGUGCAGAAUGUUGUUUUUUUUUUCUCUCUCUUUCUCUCUCUACACUUACUUAGAGUGAAGAUACAUAUGUAGCAUUUUAAAGCCAAAUGGCAUUUUUUUAUUUUUGCUUUAAUGGUUAUUUUGAUGUAAGUGCACUAUUGAUUUGUAGUUUUUUCUAAUUUGCCUAAAAAUAUGCAAAGAGCUGCGUGCAUCAGGGACACAACCAAUUUUCAUGUGAUUGCCAAUAUAAAUAAUGACACUCAGAUUUUAUUUUUUCCCUAAGUUCUGUGAUUUUGUUUCAUUCUGGUAAUGGAUAUUUUACAAUAUACAAUUUUAAAAUCAGUGGUUGCAUGCCUGUUGCACAAAUCAGUUAAUUAUUGCACAUACUGUAUAUUCCUAUAUUCAAAACUGAUUAAACUUUAGGAAUAUAUCCCUUAUGUUUUUGUAUGUUCAGAAUUGUUUAAAAAAGGUUAAUGCAGGAAAACGUUCAUACAAGUUAUUUGCAGAGUAUUCUUCUUAUAAAUCCUAGUUUUUGAACUUAAAUAUAUGCAUACUAUAUACAGCUAUAUGCAGAUAUUUGAUUUGACAGAUGACUAAUUUUAAAACACAGUCUGAAAAACUGUUUAAAUUCGGUAAAAACAGAAUUGUAAAACAAAAUACUGUUGAAUUGUCAUUCAGCAAGCCCUUUCUCAUCCGUUACCAACUAUUGUACUAAUUUAGCCAUAUAAAAAUGUUUUGUGAAGUUAACUUUUAAAUAUGUCAUGCUGAUUUGUUGCCAGAAUAAAUUUUGAAUACUUCUUCUGAAAUGUCUUUUGCAGUGUGAUCCAACUUUUACAGUGAAAAUCAUUCCACACACAUAGUGUGUGUGUGUGUAUGUGUGUGUAUAUAUAUAUAUAUAUAUAUAUAUAUAUACACACACACACACACUAAUUUUUUUUUUAACCUCAUAUGUUGCCUGUGUAUUUUCUUUUGUAAAAAUGUACCUGUUGUACAUAAACACACUGAGAAAUUAUACUAACUUAUUUAUGUUUUUUUUUUUAUUGUCAUUUAUUUGUACUUGCUUUUGUUAUUUUGUAGAACUAGCAGCUGCAUUUUUAAUCAUAAUAUGCAGACUGAGCCAGAUUGAAAUAUUUGGUAUAUUCUUUGUGUGUUUAAUAAAAUAAUAUGCUGUUAAUAGAAAAACUGAAAUACUGUGGUGUUUGAAGAAAAAUUUGUGUAUGUAAUGUUAUGCUUAAACAAGAUAUAAAAUUGUUUAAGACAACAACUUGUUCUGUUCAUUAAACAUGUAUUCCCUGUAUUUUGCCUUUUGCCUUUUUCAAACAAUUUCGUAAUAAAAUUUGGCAGUAUCAUUGAACCUGCAAAUAAAAUUUUAAAGUAGUUCUUGGUAGUUAUGCAGAAAUCUUCAAUAAUUUCUGUUACAUUUUCCACGCUUUUGUAUUUAUCCACAAAAUAUUUUGAAAGUUAUCUAGUUCUGUUACUGUUGUGUUCUUCGGAUUAAUUUUGCCUCUGCACAAGCAUUUUGCAGACUCAAGUAAGUAGCAAUAGCAGGCAGGUCCUGGUGAAGCUUCAGUUUACCUACCUUUAGUUCA